UUUGUGAAGCCUAUUGUGAAAAAAUCGACUCCGCUCCCGCGAGAACACGGACUGUUGUUUAUAAUGUUUUAUGUGAAAGUUGGUUGAGCUUGCUGAAGAAGAAUGACAAUUAUAGUUGUCGGUUUUGCCAUGAUACCGCGUAACGUAAUAUAUAUACGAACAUUCAGACGUCGUUUUUGAUAGCCUGGGAAUUUUGCCGUCAAAGUAUUCUGCAAGUGCCAAUGAACGAAUGAAACUGUAUCCAAUUAAUACAAUUGUUCUGCGAGGGGAGAUCUGAAGCUUGGCCGAGAUGAUAAUCACAGCGACCGACAUAAUUCGUUUGCAGGGCAGAGCUCAAGAUAACCGACCGUGGUCAAGAUGAGGUACUACUGUAAGAUAUCACCUGAGAAGUUCAUCAUCUUAUCGGCUACUUUGGGGAUCUACAUUCUUCUCCUACUCCUGUCUUUCAACAAACAAACCAGCACAAAACCCCAGGAGCUGCAAGAGCGCAGAGCGAACGAGCCUGCCAAGAAGCUAGAAUGGAUCGGAGAUAGAUGGAUGAACCAUCUCCAGCACCAACCCGUCAUCCACCGCACCAAGAAUCGUCUCUCCAAAUCCGUUAUUCCUAAGAGUGACGUCAGCCAUGACGCAAGCGAAGACGACAGAGAAUCAUCGGUUAGUGGUGACAACGCCGGGUAUGACCACUCCUCGUACGCGGUUUUCUCGCAUCCGUUCGGACGCCCGGCUCCGAACAUUCGCCGAAUAUAUCCCAAGGACAAGAGCAAAUCUAACAUCGCAUUCAAACCGCUAUCCGAUUCCAAGAUCGGCGUUCGGCGAACCUCGAAGCGUAACCGGGCUGACACGAUACCAAAUAGAAACGAUACUGAUGGUGCUAGGAUUAUCGAUGACAAGAUAACGUCUGAUUCUAAAGAGGAUCAUACUACGUGCAAGCCUCAUUCAAAUAUUGUUUACAUUAAGACACAUAAAACCGGAAGCUCGACGUUGCAGAACAUUAUAUAUCGAUACGGUGAUGAAAAGAAUUUGACCUUUGCCCUUCCGGCACGUGAUGUGUACAUCCAAUCAGUGCGCGAGUUUGAACCUUCGAGUAUAUUACCGGUGCGACCGGGAAGACAAAUCAACAUAAUGGCUAACCACGUCCGGUUCUUCUACAAUGAUAUCAAGAACCUGAUGCCACCGGAUACGAAAUACAUCACAAUCAUCCGGAAGUCAUCGGAUCAGUUCCGGAGCAUGUAUACCUACUUUGUCAUGGAAAACACUUACAAGGCUACGCUGGAGCAAUACUCGCUCAACCCCGAGUUCUUCUACCAAAAAUACGGCUCGGGAAAAUACAAACGACACAACGGUCGGGACCCAACACUCUUUGAUCUUGGGAUGGAGCGAAGCUUCAGCGAUAACCCGAAACAGGUCCUGGACUACAUCGAGUUCCUGGACUCCAAGUUCCAUUUGGUCCUAAUCAUGGAGUAUUUUUACGAGUCGCUGAUUCUUCUGAAGGAUCUUUUCUGCUGGGAUAUGCGCAGCCUUGUGCACGUGCAUAGCAAGAUCAAGAUUUCGCUGGACCCACAUUCUGCAGUACCGUCUGUGGAGGACGAGAGAGCAGCGGACGAUGUGGUGAAGCGUCUUGAUUGGUGGAACGCCGGUGACGUCAAACUAUACGAUCACUUUAAUAAGACUCUAUGGAAAAAGAUCGACGCCUACGGAAGGACGAAAAUGGCCGCCGACGUGGCCGAAUUGAAAGCCAUGUGCGCCAAGGUGAAAGAUCAGUGUAUGGAAGGGACGAGAAUUCGCGAGAUUUCACGAGGCUCGUUGAAAGAGACGGGUCUAGCUGAGUAUGUUGUAAAGAAAAGUCAGAUGAACAACGGCACCUGUAGGCGGCUUGCAAUGAUUGCCAGGGUAUUCUUAUCUCAUCUUAGAAGGAAACAUAUAACUAGGUUCCGCCAAGAAAAUUCGACGACGACGUAGCGCAAUCGCGAAUUUUUAAAACUGUUAUUUCUGUAUUGAUUGGUUGAAUUUCAUCUAUGAAUCGGUAGACUUCGGAUGUGUGACCAAAGUGAAAAAUACGGAUCUUUGACCAUAGUGACGUCGUAGAGUCACGAAGGGUGGAGCGAUAAGCUCAGCGGUUGAGCAAUGGUCUCAUAACCAGGAGGUUCCGGGUUUGAAACCAAGGCAAUACGCUAGGGCCCUUUGGUAAGGCGUUGAUGCCUACCAAGUCCCUCUAAGAGGACGUAAAGCCGUUUGUCUCCUGGUUGAUUAAUUACAAGCAUACAAUGCACGUGCUUUUCAAGCUUUCUUAGCAGUCGGGUUAAAUGAAUUAAUCAACCAACCAUUCUAACAAAAAGGUGAUUUAGUGUUGGUAACGAAUUUUUGACAAAGGCCAAAAAUUUGGUCACAUCGAGUAUAGGUAAUCCUGAGUACUAAUCAUAGAUUCUUACAAGGAUCAAUGAAUAUUUUCUUUGAAUAUUUAGGAGGCGUUAAUGAUUUAUUCGUGCCAAAUGAAUUAUUCUUAUUUCAAAUGUGUGAUUUCCAAGAAAUAAGCUAAUGGUUUUAGUAAAGAGGUUUGUGAAUUAUGGAGGCUGCUUGUCAAUACACACAUCUGUCUAUAAUAUUGCCGUCAGUUUGUACAUGUACCUCCGGCCUUACGAACCGUCUAAAAAGUGACUAUAAUAUCCUAGAGCGAUAAUAUCGUGGGAUGUGGGUCUACAACAAUGUCCCCAUUUGCCUCACUGGUUAGUACGUUAGCCUUAUCACGCACGUAAUCAUGCCAUUAUUAUGUAGAGAAACAUUUCCAGAUUGCAAGAGUUCUUCAUGGUACAAUUUCGUAGCGAAAAUGUGUAGUAAUGGCGAGUUAUACCCAGUCACACUGCUGAACUGACUCCGAACCGGCCAAUAUUUGGCCAUCGUGGGUAAUGUAACUUUUUGUUCGGUCUGUAGUCAGUCUGGUGUCGGUCUGGUGUCGGUCUGGUGUCGGUCUGGUGUCGGUCUGGUGUCGGUCUGGUGUCGGUCUGGUGUCGGUCUGGUGUCGGUCUGUAGUCAGUCUGGUGUCGGUCUGGUGUCGGUCUGGUGUCGGUCUGGUGUCGGUCGCGUUGGUGUGACUGAGGUAUGCGAAAGUGAACGUUCGCAAUAAAUUUAUGGCAUUAUAUUUAUAUAUAUUAUGUUAAACCGUAUCCGGACACCUACUCCCUGGACAUCCAUCCCCCGGAUAAACACCCCAGUCAACUACCCCCUAGGACAACUACCCCUAGGACAACCACCCUGUAGGGCGACUACCCCCAGAC